GCUCAGUGGGUUAAAAGGAUGCAAACACUUCAUCCUUACAGUCAAAGCAAAAGCCCACACUCAAAGAGAUUCUUUGGAGAAAACCUGAGAGCUCAUCAACUCGUGGUAAAGAAGGUCUUGUGGAAGCCUAAAGCACAGAACCUCUUGAAACAAACAUGGCUGGUCUUCAGGACAACACUCUGAGGAUUGUUCUGGUGGGGAAAACUGGAAGUGGGAAAAGUGCAACAGCAAACACCAUCAUUGGGAAAAGAGAAUUUGAAUCUAAAAUUGCUCCCCACGCUGUUACCAAGAAAUGUCAGAAAGCAGAACGCCAAUGGAAGGGGAGGAACCUUCUUGUCGUGGACACCCCAGGGCUCUUUGACACCAAGGAGAAACUGCAGACCACCUGUGAGGAAAUCAGCAGGUGUGUCCUCUUCUCCUGCCCUGGGCCUCAUGCCAUCAUCCUGGUACUACAGCUCGGCCGCUACACGGAGGAGGAACAGAGAACGGUUGCAUUGAUCAAGGCCAUCUUUGGGGAGCUGGCCAUGAAGCACAUGAUCAUGUUGUUCACUCGCAAAGAUGAUUUGGAUGGUAAGACACUGAGUGACUUUUUACAGGAAUCAGAUGUGGACCUAAAAACCAUCGUCGAGGAGUGUGGGUCCCGCUGCUGUGCCUUCAAUAACAAGCAGAAUGCAGAUAAAGCUGAGAAGGAAGCUCAACUGCAGGAGCUGGUGGUGAUAAUAGAGAAAAUGGUGCGAAAGAACGGAGGGAGUCACUUUUCUGAUGCCAUAUACAAGGACACAGAUGAAAAGCUGAAACGCCAGGCAGAAGCCUUGAAGAAAAUCUAUGCUGAGCAAUUGGAGACGGAAAUUAAACUAACAGAAGAUCUAUGUAAUCAGAAGAAAAUAUCACAGGAAGCUAAAGAGAAAAAAAUAAAAGUCCUAAAGAUGAAGUAUGAAGAACGAAUUAAAGAUAUAAGGGAAGAAGCUGAAAAGAAUAUACUUGCAGAUAUUGUACAAAGGAUUAAAAAUAUGCUUUUAAAACUAUGGCAUAGGUUUUUCACAUAG